AUGCCUCAGCUCUCUCGCUCACUCUCGCUCACGGUCGAGGACGGUUCAGGUCUGAGCGUCUGCGGUGAAGACUCAUUUGAAAUCGUAAACGCCAAAAGACUCGUUCCAAUCAGGGGCAGAGUCAACAGCGGCCACAACAAGAACAAAAAGACAAACAAGGCGUCCAUCAUGUCGACGACAUAUCCUGGUCCCCCUGGACGCAAAUCGAACAGCCAUGAGAUGUCCACUCCUUCACCGGCGACGAGGACCACCAGGCUUUUUUACACCAAAGACCGCGUUAUCGAUGCUGGCAUCACCUCCGUUCAGCCAGCGUCUUGGUCUGAGAAGACAUUGCCGUCGCCUCACCAGCCACAGCAUCACCGCCAUCAUCGCCACCAUCACGAGAUCGAUAGCAGGCAAGGCAAUGGCAAUCAGCUCAGCGUCGAGGUGGAGCAGGCAAAGACAAAUGAGUUGAUAGUGGAACAAGACAGCCCCAAACAGUGGCGUCAUCAGAAGCACUUGUCAGUGAAUCAGCAGGAGACAGUCGAGCACUCUGAGUCGACGGAGGAGCAGCAUUCUCAGCAGCAAACUGUACAGGCAGUGCACGACAGGCCAUGGCCUGCAUCGACUGAUGUCAGCCCUUUGGCUCUGGAGGCUAUCAACGCAUCCAUCGCUGGUGCACCUUUUGCAGACGUCAGCCUCUACUUGGCGAACGAGCACCGGUCCAUCUUUGCCAAUUCAGCAAUUCUAAUGAAAGCCUGCCCGGUAAUCAUGAAGGAAAUCGAAGAGACUGGGGAGCUCAACCUUGACACGAUGGAAGCUUCGACCAGCGGUGACCAUAACCUGAAUAUACACGGCCAUUCAUCUCCCAAGGUCUCGCCUCUAGCUCUCGACCAUGUCUUCUCACCCGUCGACGGUGUGGAGGGCUCAAUGGACCCCUUUCACGUCGAGCACAAGGACAUUGGAGUAGAGCCAUGCGAAGGCUUGAACAAUGGAGGAGACCGCAGUGAACUGUUUGUUUUUCCUACGACGACAGCCGGUCCGAAGGGCAAAGACGCCGACGAGGCUUCGUUGUACCCAAAAGGAGGACACACGCUUGGAAAGCUGUCGAGGGCCUUCAGAUUGGCUUCACAGAGAAGCGUAUCGGCUAGCAAAGACUCUCCCAACAAGGUCGAGGAGCAUUCCGGCACCAAGACAACAAAGACGCCAGCCCAUAAGCAGCAUGGUAAACCGUAUCCUGCCUCGCUGUCCUUCUUCAAUGACGCAACUCACGGCUAUUCCGACUCGUCCGUCUUUGCCACUUUGCCAUUGAGCGCACGCAAGCUGUCUCAGUCUAUGCAGGUCAGCAGCAGCAACGUUGUUCCUGUCUUGGUCCAUGGCUGCUGCAGUCAGACGCUGCGUGCCUUGAUCUUCUAUCUCUACACGGCCCAAGUACGUUUUGAAGUGCCGUGGCAGAAGGAAGGCGAAACAGCAGUAACAUUUGAGCUGCCACCACCGACUCCUGAUCAGCCGCAAGCAAAGGCUUCCACAUCGGCCAACGAUGCUCGCCCAAGGGGCCGCAAGCUGGGUCGCACCUUGUCGACACCCACGCGCAACAUGAGUACCUCUCCAGGCAAGGGCAUCAAAAACAGUCCGGAUGCGCCUCCUCCGACCCUCAUCAAUCUUGCUGCGACGCCGCUUUUUUCGUCUAGUCCCCCGCCAAUGUCGCCUCACAGCGCCUACUGUCUCGCAACGACAUUGGCAUUGGACAAGCUGGCCAGCCUGGCCUUCGACCACCUCGUCAAGACGCUUCACCCUCGAACGGCCCUUUCCGAGUUUCUCUCGCCCUUUGCCCUCCGCUUCCCGCCCUACCAAGACAUGGUGCUAGAGUUUAUUAAACGGCGCUGGCAGAUCAUCCACACUCUUGACGAGACGAAGGAGUGUCUGGCCAAGCUAGCCAAAGGUGGCUUUCCACAAGCUCAGCAGGCCCUCGUUCGGCUCUUUGCAGAGCUCGACAUUUCUCAGUCCCCCUCGGCUGCGGCGGCAGCUGCAGCAGCAGUCGCCGCUGCUCAAGGGGCUCAGUAG